AUGUCUGAUGCAGGUCCUUCACCUGUCCGCAACCUGAGCCUGAGCAGCGGCGGGAGCUCUGCUGUGCUGCAUGCCUCCUGGGUGCACGCCCGUGGGCAGCGAGAUGGCUACCACCUUGCCCUCUACCACAGCGACUCCCAGAUGCUUGUGAGAAAUGCGUCCGUCCUGCCAAACGCCUCCACGUUCCUGUUUGACAAGUUGCUGGCUGGCAGUGAGUACGCCUUGAAGGUCAGCACGCUGGCUGGAUCCAGCCAGGCGAGCACCAGUAUCCACCAAUGGACAGCUCCCUCCAUCCCCACCCAGCUGAGGCUCAGCCCAGGCUCCAGCACCAGCCUCGUCGCCUCCUGGGCGGGUGCUGGGGGGGCUGCCUGGCUGCACCUUGCGCUCCACAACCUCCUCACCCAGACUGUGACCACGACCCUGUCGGCCAGGAGGGGCCUGACCAGCUACACCUUCCAGCAUCUCCACCCUGGCACCCAGUACUGGCUGGGGCUGAGCAUCACGGCAGGGCCCUACACUGUGGGGGGGCCCAAUGCCACCGCUUGGACAUACCCCCUGAGCCCUGGCAAUGUCACCCUGAGCAGCGCAGAGGAGCAAAGCUCCUUGCAGGCUUGCUGGAGCACCCCAGCGGGAGAGAGGGACUUCUACCUGGUGACACUGCAGGAGGGAGAGGAUGGUGCUCCGACAAGGAACAUCUCCGUCGGCGGAGACAACAGUCAUGUCACCUUCCACGGGCUGAGCCCCGGGAAGCAAUACUCUGUCCAGGUGACGGCGGUCGCUGGGCCUUACCGGGCAUCAGCCCGCAGCACAGCAGCCUGGACACAGCCGCGAGCACCAUCUGGUGUGAGUCUGUCCAGCCAGGGGAGCCCCUACAGCCUACUGGCCAGCUGGGAGGAGGCAGUGGGAGAGGGCUACGUGCUGGCCUUCAGCGCCAUGGAGCACCCUGUGAAGAACAGCUCGCUGCUUAGAGGUGUCACCAACUUCACUUAUGAGGGCCUUUGCCCUGGGACCCUCUACACCUUUGAGGUCAGCACCGUGGCUGGCCCCUACACAUCCACACCCCGGCGCAUCACCAACUGGACAUAUCCUUUGCCCCUGGAGCAGCUGACCCUCAGCAAUCAGGGCCACAGCACCUCUCUGCAAGCCUCCUGGAGAGCAGCUCCUGCUGGCAGCACCAGCUACACAGGCACGCUCUGGGAAACCAAGUCCCAGGAGCAGGUCAGGAACAUGACUGUGGGGAACAACUGGACAAAUGUCACCUUUGAGGAUCUGGUCCCUGGGCGACAGUAUACACUGGAGAUGGCUGCUAUGGCUGGACCUUACAGAUCCCCUGUGCGAUCAGCCACAGACUGGACAUACCCCCUGGCGCCAGCCGGCGUGACCCUGACCAACACCCGACGCCCGCUGGGACUCUCUGCCUUCUGGGACAAGGCUGCUGGUGAUGUGGAUCAGUUCCACCUCCAGCUCUACAGCAAGAGCCAUCCAGCACAGAGGAAUGUCUCAGUGGGGCCAGACACCCACAACUUCACAUUCCUGGGGCUAUCCCCUGGCAUUCAGUACUUCCUGAAGGUGACUGUCCUCGCUGGCCCAUACAGAUCCUCGUCACACUUUGCUACUGAGUGGACAUAUCCACUGUCUCUGGCUAAUGUGAGUAUACAGCCUGGCCAGAGACCCCAGGAGCUACAUGUGAGCUGGGUGGAGUCAGGCGGUGGCAGAGACCACUUGGUACAGCUCUCAGUGGCUGAGUCCCUGUCCAUCAUCAGGAACGUGUCCGUGCCCCGUGGAGUCACCCAGCUUGACCUGGAGGGGCUGGUGCCAGGGUCCCGAUACCGCGUGGAGAUCAUUUCUCAGGCUGGGCCUCAUCGCAUCUCCUCUCAGACUGCCAUUGGCUACACUGUCCCAUUACCUCCUCUCUCCCUCUCGGCAAGCCCUGUCAGCACUGCCUGGGCUCUGGCUGUGCACUGGGAGACCCCUCCUGGGCAGAGGGAUGGAUACCUGCUCAGCAUGCACGAGGAGGGAUCUUCUGCACCAGCAAGGAACCUGGAAGCAGGGAAGGACAGCACCAAUGUCACCCUGGCACGGCUGGCACCAGGAACUUGCUACCUUGUUGGGAUCUGGGCAGUAGCUGGACGCUACCGCUCCCUCCCCCAGAAUGUCACUGGCUGCACGGUUCCUGCUGCACCGACAAACCUGAGCCUUACCAACCCAGGCAGCUCCUCGGAGCUUUACACCUGCUGGAACAAGCCCCCCGGCAGGAGGGACCACUACCGUGCUAUUCUGUAUAGCCUCAGCACCCAGAGCAGGGAUCGGGUCCAGACCUUGAGUCCGGAUGCCCAGAACAUCACCUGGACUCACCUGGAGGCAGGCAGCAGGUUUGCUGUGCAGGUCAUUGCUGUGAAAGGCUCAUUCGAAGCCUCCUCCACCAACGUCACCCAAUGGACACAUCCCUUGGCCCCUGCCAACCUCACGCUGGGCAGCCCCUCUGCCUCCACACUGCAGGUCUCCUGGGCAGCCAGGGGGCGAGGAGCAGAAGGCUACAUGGUGGAUGUCUAUGACACAGCCUCCAGCAGUCGUGUUGGGCGUGUGGUGCUGAGUUGGGAUGCCAGGAGUCACACCGUCAGGAACCUGAGACCCGGCACCCGCUACAGCGUGGCAGUGAGGGCCACAGCUGGGCCCUUCCACACCAGCACCCCCAACCUCACCCACUGCACACGCCCGCUGCCCCCAGCCGCUGUGCACUGGCUGAGCACGGGGCACCCCGACAGGCUGAGCGUGUCCUGGGGCGCCGCAGCCGGGGGGCGAGAUGGCUACACACUGACCCUGUACCACGCGCGGCUGGGCACCGUGGCAACUACAGCCUCACUCAGGAGAGACACCCACAACUUCACCUUCAUGGGCCUGACUCCAGGAUGCGAGUACUCCCUGGAGGCCAGUGCUAUGGCUGGACCAUACCAGGCAGCGGCACCCAACAUCAGUGGCUGGACCAGCCCGCUGCCCCCGGCCACAGUGCGCUUGCUGAGCACGGGGCACCCCGACAGGCUGAGCGCAUCCUGGGGAGCCGCGGCCGGGGGGCGAGACGGCUACGCACUGACCCUGUACCACGCGCAGCUGGGCGCCGUGGCAGCUACAGCCUCACUUGGGAGAGACACCCACAACUUCACCUUCAUGGGACUGGCCCCAGGAAGCAAGUAUGUGUUGGAGGUGGUGUCCAUGGCAGGGUCCUACCGGACACCUGCAGGGAACGUCAGCAACUGGACGUACCCCCUGGCACCCCAUAACGUGUACAUGACGAACCAGGGGUAUCCCAACAGGCUGAGCGUAUCCUGGCGAGCUGAACCCCAAGGACAAGACAAUUACAGGCUCCUCCUGUAUCACUCGGGAUCAGGUAUUGUGGCAGCCAAUGUUUCUGUUGGGAAAGGCAUCAGCAAAUUCACCUUUUCUGGCCUGGCUCCAGGACACAAAUACCUGCUGGAAGUGGUGGCCAUGGCAGGGCCCUACGCAGCCUCUGCGGGGAACAUCAGCGACUGGACUACCCCCUCAGUUCCCAAAAAUCUCUCUGUGGUGGCUGAAGGGAACAACACAAUGCUCAUCUCCUGGGGCAGUGUCUCUGGACAGCAGGACGACUGCCAGCUGUGGCUGCGGGAUGCCAGGAACAGCACGCGGCCCUGGCGGCACACCCUCGGCAGAGGGCAAGUCCAGCACCUCCUCCAAGGGCUGAUCCCAGGGAGGAACUACUCUGUCUCCUUGAGCUGCGUGGCCGGGCCCUACUGGAGCAGCACCAAACCCUUGGCAGUGCCGAUGGAUGUGGAGGCUUAUGAGGUGGUGACAGAGAGACUCUCUGAUGGACCUCCCAGCUCCAAGUAUGUCAUGAGCGUCCCUACGAGCGAGGCCAGUCUGGAGGGGCUGGGGCCAAACUCAUCGUACCGAAUUAUUGUGAGUACAGUGGGCAUGAACACAAUGAGGAGCCAGGCUGUGACUCUGAUCUGCAGCACAACAGUGGAGGCCCUGCCUCCACCCCUGCGAGCAGACAUCUUCCAGGUUGAGGCCAGCUCCACGGUUAUCAUUUCAUCGGACCUGUUCAGCGAGGAGAAUGGCCAGAUCGAGUAUUAUGGUGUCAUUGCUACCACUAAUGAUUCACUGCUGAGGCCCACCCAGGAAAGCAUGUCCAGCACAUGGUAUGACCACUAUUAUGGGACAGAGGACUCCUACCUGGCUGUGCUAAUCCCCAAUCCCUUCCAUCCGAGCCCCAGGAGCUCCCCCGAAACCUGGCGAGUGCCAGUAGGAACAGAGGAGUGCGGCCAGUCCAGGGCAACGUGCAACGGGAAGCUAAAAGCCAACGAACAGUACAGGUUCAGCAUCGCUGCCUUCACCAAAUACGACCCAGUAGCCCCUGCAGUGACGUUCACCAUGUUCUCAGCUAUUUUUGCUUUGGUCUACUGGAAACAGCUCAGAGCAAAGAGAACCAAGAAGAGCAGCCUGCCCCAGGAAAUGGUGACCUACAGCUUGAGAAACGUCCAUCGGCCAAUUCCCAUACAGAACUUCAAACAGUACUAUGAGAUGAAGACAGCAAGUGCUAACCACGCUUUUUUCCAGGAGUUUGAGGAGCUGAAGGAAGUUGGGAAGGAGCAGCCGAAGGUGGAGGCCGAGCUACCAGCCAACAUCUCCAAGAACAGAUAUCCCCACGUGCUGCCCUAUGAUCACUCUCGGGUCAAGCUGAGCCAACUCGGGGAGGAUCCACACUCAGACUACAUCAAUGCCAACUUCAUGCCUGGCUACACAUCCCAGCAAGAGUUCAUUGCCACCCAGGGGCCCCUGAAGAAAACUAUAGAGGACUUCUGGAGGCUGGUGUGGGAGCAGAACGUCUGCAACAUCAUCAUGCUGACAGUGUGCAUGGAGAACGGGCGGGUCCUCUGUGAUCAUUACUGGCCAUCCGAAUCUGCCCCGGUCUCCUAUGGGCAGGUCCAAGUGCACCUGCUGACGCAGAGCAGCUCCGAGGAGUGGACCAUGCGCGAGUUCAAACUGUGGCAUGAAGGUCUCCAGGCAGAGCGGCACGUGUCCCACCUGCACUACACAGCGUGGCCCGACCACGGGAUCCCGGAGUCCACAACUUCCAUUAUGACCUUCAGAGAGCUGGUCCGGGAGCAUAUCCAGAGCACCAAGGAUGCGGGGCCAACCCUUGUGCACUGCAGUGCCGGGGUGGGCCGAACUGGCACUUUCAUUGCCCUGGACCGGCUGCUGCAGCAGAUGAAGCAGGAGAAGGUGGUGGACACGUUUGGUGUUGUUUAUGCCUUGCGCAUGAACCGUUACCUGAUGAUUCAGACGCUGUCCCAGUAUAUUUUCCUGCACAGUUGUAUCCUGGAAAAGAUCUUGGAGGAACCACUCCUGGGUUUAUCAGGGACAGAGAGGUCCUGCCCCAUCCCGCUGAGAAGCUUUGCUCAGCACUACGCCCAGAAGGCAGCCAAGUCCCAUGUGGGCUUCCUGAGGGAGUACGAGACCCUGCUAGAGGUUGUCAAGGAAGAAGCCAGCUCUGCAACACCAUCUUCAGGCAACCAGCAGACACGGCCCUCUUCCAGCAUCCUCCCAUAUGAUCGCUCCAGAGUGAAGUUUUCCCUUCUGGAACAGGGCCCUUUCUCAGGUCUCCUGCAGGUGUGGCGUGUCCCGGGCUGCAGCUCCAGCAGGGAGUAUCUGGCUGUCCAGGGGCCUGACAAGUUGACCAUGGAGGAAUUCUGGACCCUGGUGUGGGAACAGGACGUUCACACCAUCCUAACGCUUCUCCCAUGGCAGGAGAAGGGGGAGGUCCCAAGUGAGGUGUGCUGGCCCUUGGAAGGAGACUCUCUCUGCACAAAGAUGCUGACCAUCCAGUGUGGCACGGAGAAGCUUGUCUACGGAUGGAGGUGUAUCCAGCUCAAAGUGAAACACGAGAAGAAAGCAAAGGAGAGGCAAGUACAACGGUUCCUAUACACGCUUUGGAGCAGCAAGAAACAGCCAGAUGUCCAGAGCCUGGUGGAGCUCCUCACCGCUGUCAGACAGUGCACGCCCCACCGAAAGAGAGCCGGUCCUAUCCUGCUGCACUGCAGCGGUGGUGUGAGCCAAAUGGGGACACUGAUCUCCCUGGAUUGCCUGUUGCACCAGAUGAAGGCUGAGAGAAUCGUGGAUGUCUACGGGGUGACCCUCCAGCUGACGAGAAGCUGCUGUCUCAUGACCCCAACGCUGGACCAGUACAUGUUCCUGUACACCUGCAUCCGGGACAUCAUCGCUCAGAAACACCCUUAACACCGCUUGGCACUUCCUGGCACCGUCCUGCCCUCCCCCUCUGCGG